AUCAUAGAGGUAAUACAUUGAUCUGCCGCAGCAGGAUUUGGAGGGAAAACUGGAAAACUAAUUACAUGAAAAGAGAAAACGUAAAUAAGAAAAAAUUAAGGGGAAAAAGAAAUAAUAGCAACAGAGGCCGCGCCUAUGGCUUAUUGGCUGUCCUGUUUAUAUUGGGCCAUUACAAUGUAAACAUAAAAAUCUCUCUUUCUGUCUAUCUCUCUCUUUCUCUUCCUUUCUCUCGCUUUCUUCGCCGGAAAGUUGCGUCAUCAAUCGGUCAUGCAAGCCGUCUGAUUGCUGCUAACGGAACGCGGCGAGGUAUUAUUCUUUGCUCGAUUUACAGUUUAGUCGCGUUUCGGUUUUUGUGGAGGGGUUGCGUUUUUGGUAGUCGCUGGGUCAGAUCUGGCUGUUUUUGCUCUUGUAUUUUGAUCUGAGAGAGAUUUAGGGUUUUUAAAUUUGUUUCUUUGAAAUCAAUUGCUCAAAUUGGGAUGGUUUUAAAUCGAAUUUUAAAACUAUAGGGGUUUUGGUUGUUUUUGGCUGUGUUUAUGGAAGAGGGAAGAAGAUCUGGUGACCUGUCAGGGAUUAUGGUGAAGAAUAGGAGCUCUUCGGGCUGUUUGAUUGUGAGAAAAAAGGGUAAUGAUGGUGUGGGAGGAGUGGGUUCUUCUGGUUCACGUAAGGUGUUUGGGUCCAAGAAAGACAAGAAGAGGGCUAGGAUGGAUAUGAGCGAUUCAGGGUCUAGUGAUGAGCUGUUAAUGCCAUCUCGAAGAAGGGUAGGCGCUGAAACUUUACGGGUUUGUAAUGGUUUGAGUCUUUAUGAUGAGGGUAUUGUAGAAGAGAAUGAUAUUAGCAGGAAGAGGAGUAGGGGAGAAAAUGUUAGGAGUAAUGAUGUUGACGUGAUCGGUAGGAAUGGGGAUUUCAGUGAAAGGAAGAGGAAUAGGUUAGAUGUGUUUGAAUUUGACGAAUAUGAUGUGAAUGACGGAGAAAUGAUGAGGAGGAAUCGCGUUGAUGAAGGUGGGAUGGAAGGAAGGAGGUUUUUUGGGUCAGUGAUGGCGGGGAGAAGUGGCAUUGAAAGGGAAUACGAGACAGGAUCCAGUAGACAUCCUGGUGUUGAUAGAAGAAAGAGUUCAUAUUUUGAGAGAACAAGUGGGCUACAUCGGGCGAAUCAUGGUGACAGAGAUGGGGCUCAUCCACCUAUGUCAUUUUAUAGCGAUAAAUAUGAUUCAGAUGAACCCAUUAGGGUUCAGGGGAAAAAUGGUGUUUUAAAGGUAAUGGUGAACAAGAAGAAGGUGAAUGGGUCUUUGAAAAGUUAUGACCUCUUGGAAGCAGAGGAGAAAAGAAAGGGUGUGAGGAUGAAAGAUACUGUCAAGAGGAAUGUUCUAAUCGGUCCCUCUAUUUACCCUGAGUCUAAAAGUGCUGAGAAAGCGAGUUCAUUUGUUGGGACACUGAAAAAGCCAAUGAACACGCUGAGAUCAUCGUCAGCUAAGAACUCAUCCGCCAGGAAUGGUAAUGUAAGAGAUCACAAUUCUGAAGAUAGUGGUACAUCUUUAAAAUUGGGAUCGAAGAAUAUGGAGGCUCGUAAUUCUUUGAAAACGCCAUUGCCAGCUAAGAAUCCUAAGGGCCAUGAGGUAGAUUCAGAGGACAGUGAUACAUCAUUGAAUCCGGGGCUAAAGAAUGCGAAAGCUCCUAAAUCUAUGAUAGGGGCAAGCAGUGAUGGUGAAAUAAGUCCAUGCAAUCAGCUUCCAUCUGCUAGAAUUAAAGAAGGGAAGGUUAAGCGUGGUACUGGAACAGAAAAGCAAAAGUUGCGUGAACAUAUAAGGGGGAUGCUUCUGAAUGCAGGCUGGACAAUAGACUAUAGACCAAGAAGGAACAGAGACUACCUAGAUGCGGUUUACAUAAACCCAACGGGAACAGCUUAUUGGUCCAUCAUCAAGGCAUAUGAUGCACUUCUAAAGCAAUUAAAUGACGAGGAAGAGGAAGCAAAAUCUAAGGCUGAUGGUUCUCCAUUUACGCCACUAUCAGAUGAGGUGCUCAGCCAACUUACAAGGAAGACUCGGAAGAAGAUGGAGAAAGAAAUGAAAAGGAAGCAAAGAGGUGAAAGUGAGAAUGCACGAGAAACUGCAGCAAGAAAGUCUUCAAGUUCCAGGCAUGAUGAGGAAAGCAUGGACAGUGGAAGCCAUGAAGAGAAACUGAGCUCCUUCAUUAAACAGGGUGGUAAGUCAUUGAAGAGUAGAACAAACGGUAACAGUUAUCUCAAUGUAAACACAAAAGGUCAAAGUUCUACUCGUCAACUGCAUAAUGGCAUGGAGAAAAUACCCUCUGGAUCCAAUUCUCAUCAAGGAAGAAAAAGUAGAAAACUUGGCAGAUGUACUUUGUUGGUACGGAAUUCUAAUGAAGGGCUAAACUCAGAGAGUGAUGGCUUUGUUCCAUAUGCUGGCAAACGGACACUGCUUUCCUGGCUGAUUGAUUGUGGAACUGUUCAGUUGAGCCAAAAGGUGCGGUACAUGAAUCGCCGCCGAACAAAAGUAAUACUGGAGGGCUGGGUAACGAGAGAUGGUAUUCAUUGUGGUUGUUGUAGCAAAAUCCUCACAGUUUCAAAGUUUGAGAUCCAUGCAGGGAGCAAACUACGCCAAACAUUUCAAAAUAUAUAUCUUGAUUCUGGGGUUUCCCUUAUGGAGUGCCAGAUUGAUGCAUGGAAUAGACAGGAGUUGGUUAAGCACAUUGGUUUUCAUUCUGUAGAUGUUGAUGGUGAUGAUCCAAAUGAUGAUACGUGUGGCCUUUGUGGAGAUGGUGGGGAUUUGAUAUGUUGUGAUGGUUGUCCAUCAACAUUUCAUCAGAGCUGCCUUGGUAUACUGAUGUUGCCCCCAGGUGACUGGCAUUGUCCAAAUUGUACAUGCAAAUUUUGUGGGGUAGCCGGUGAAAAUAUUUCUCAGGGAGAUGAUGCAACUGGUUGUGAACUUCCUACUUGCAGCAUGUGUGCAAAGAAAUAUCACAAAUCAUGCAUACUGGAGAUGGAUGCUCUUUCUAUCGAUACCAAUAGUUCAUUUUGUUGUUUUUGUGGGAAGACAUGUAGACAGCUUUUUGAGCAAUUGCAGAAGUAUCUUGGGGUCAAAAAUGAGCUUGAAGCAGGAUUUUCAUGGUCUCUCAUACAUAGAACAGAUGUAGACUUGGAUACAUCUCUCCAGGGACUUCCUCAAAGAGUAGAAUGCAAUUCAAAGUUGGCUGUUGCUUUGUCUGUUAUGGAUGAAUGCUUUUUGCCUAUUGUUGACAGGAGGAGUGGGAUCAACUUAAUCAAGAAUGUUCUUUAUAACUGUGGAUCAAACUUUAACCGGCUGAAUUAUAGUGGUUUUUAUGCUGCUAUUCUGGAGAGGGGUGAUGAAAUAAUUUCUGCUGCAUCCAUCAGGUUUCAUGGAACUCAGUUGGCAGAGAUGCCAUUCAUUGGAACACGCCAUGCAUACAGGCGUCAAGGGAUGUGCCGUCGGCUUUUUUGUGCCAUUGAAUCAGCACUCUGCUCCCUGAAGGUUCAGAAACUGAUUAUCCCUGCAAUUUCUGAACUUACUCAUACAUGGACAGGGGUUUUUGGUUUCACCACUCUUGAUGAAUCACUCAAGCAAGAAUUGAAGUCUAUGAAUAUGUUGGUGUUCCCUGGUAUAGACAUGUUGCAGAAGCAGCUAUUGGAUCAAGAAAAUAUUGAUGGAAACACGACUACAGGCUCAGGUGCGAAAGGGAUGGAAUUUAAAGAUGGUCAAAGUAUCACACCUGAAGUGGCAGUUAAAUCUGACAUUGAUUCUUCAGCCAUGCAUGAUGAUCUUAAUGAGUGUGAUAAUGGUGGUUUGGAAUGUGCCAGUGGGACAAAUGAUGAAGUGGCUGCCACAAAUUCUGGUUCACAAUGUAUGGGCAUUCCAAUAAAUGAUGUUUCAAUGAUUAGUAGUUCUUUAGAUGCAUCUCUUGAACCUAAAAAUUCUUUACCGCUUAAGGAGACUGCAAAUGCGGAUUCUGGUGCAGGAGAUAAGUUAGAUGAAGCUGCUUUGGAGAAGAAAAGUGAAUGCAUGUCUGACACAAGUCAUUAUGAUCUGGACAAGAUGGACAAUAUAGAGGGUUCAAAUUCUCCUGCUGGAGAUAAUACUCAGUCUUGUAUUGAGGGUGAUGUGUCUCCUACAAAUUCUGAUUCCCGAUGUCUGGGUUUUGCCUUAGAUGAUACUUCUGUGAUGAGCAGUUCUUUAGUUGCUUCUAAUGAACUUAAAAGUUUAGUUUCAUUUGAGAGGAAUACAUGUGCUGAUUCAGAAUCAGGGGACAAAUUGGCUGAGUUGACUUCUGACAGAAAAUGUCUCAUCAUCUCUGAUAUGAGUGAUGAUAGACAGGAGGAAAAUAAACCAGAAGUGGCUGCUCUUGUCAAAGAUAAUGUUCAGUGUUGUGAAGAGGGCGAUGUUGGUGAUGCCUAUGCGUUAAAUCUAAUUGAAUCUUCUUCUGAUGAACAUAAAAUCUCAAUCUCCACAGAAGAGACUAAAUCUGUUGUUUGUCAAUUGAAGAACGAGUUUUCUGAACUGGCUUCCAAUGGGAAACACCAUUUUGACUCCGGUGCAAAUCAUAGUGCAGUAGAGAUGGAAACUAAGCCUGUAGCGGAUUCUCCCAUUGACGAUAGAUCCCUGUCUAGCACAGAGGAUGUACACACAGUAAAUGAAAAUGCUGAUGUGGCUUGUAUUGAAGCUGUCCCUCCCAUGACAGAGAGAACUGUUGAUAACUCCAGUGAGAAGGUUGACAAAGGUCCAGUCUUGUCUGUUUCCACGUCCAGUGGCACUGAUGGGUAUUCCGUGCAAGUUAAAUUUGAGCCAAAGGAUGAAGUAGCCUUUGAGGGGGGAAGCAAAUUAGAUGUGGCUUCAGAAGCUGUUUCUGAAGCAAAACAUUGUGAAGUAAGUGCUCCACAUACUCGUGCAGAUGAUUUCAGGACUGAUGUGAGUGAAGGGAAAACUGAAUCAUGCUCUGUUUGAUACAUUGAGAGCAUUCCUCUUCAAUGUUCUCUUUAACACUUGUAUGGUUAUUAAUGUGGAAUGCAGCGACUGUAACAUGAGAGUUAGGCCAUUUGUGCUGUUGUCUGACGCUCUGACUUUGAUGUUAGAAAGAAAUUAUAGGUUUCUGAUGAAAAGUAGUUAGUCCUGCCGAGUGAGAUUUUAAAAUUUCUGGUUUUAACUCUCGAGCAAAAUUAACUCAGCACUGGGAACUUCAAAUUGGGCUCUUGGUAGAAGUAAUUGGUGCCGUAUGAGGUAAUUGGUGCCGUAUGAGCUUUGAGGUCAGAGGAGAAGUUGCUGCUGUGGAAACACAUGUUCUGGAGGUUGAUGGGCAGAUGCUUUGAAUAUUGCUGGUUAAUUUUCUCAUGCCUUACAGCAUGUUCAUAUCUGAAUCUGCCAAGUUCCACAUUCAUAGUCUCUCUGGAAGUCUUGUAUUAAUUCAUUUUUAUGUAGCAACACCCUUUAUAUACUACAUCUAUGUUAACUUGUCAGAAUGACAUAGGUGGUUGCAGACAGAUUUUGAAUAACAUUGUUCUUGUAAUUAUAACCUUUGUUCCAUAUGCCAGCAUUUGUUCAUAUGAUUUAUGUCAGCUGCAAGUUCUAUGCUUAUCUCAA